CUCGCAGCGCUCAUUCGGCCAGGCGCUGCCGCGGGGGAACGAGCGGAGCCUCAGGCAUGGCGGCGGGCGAGGGCGGGGCCGACUCGCUGCCCCCGCCCUCCCCCUUCCUGCCCGGCCCCGAGCGCGCCUUGGAGGAGGCGGCGGCCUCCGGGAAGCUGAGCCUGGCGGGCCGGCACCUGCGGCACUUCCCCGGCGGAGCGGCCCGGCGCUGGGACCUCAGCGACACCACGCAGGCGGAUCUGUCCCGGAACCGCUUUGCCGAAGUGCCUGAGGCGGCCUGCCACCUGACGUCCUUGGAAGGGCUGUGCUUGUACCACAACUGCCUGCGGAGCAUCACCCCCGCCAUCGCCAACCUCCAGGCCCUCACCUACCUGAACCUCAGUCGAAACCAGCUGACCUCCCUGCCUGCCUGCCUCUGCCGUUUGCCCCUGAAGAUCCUCAUCGCCAGCAACAACAAGUUGGCAAGCUUGCCCGACGACAUUGGCGCUCUCAGCAACCUCCGCCAGCUGGAUGUCGGCAGCAAUGAGCUGCAGUCGCUGCCCGCGAGCAUCGGGGGGCUGAUGUCUCUCCGGGACCUCAGCGUCCGCAGGAAUCAAAUCGACAGCCUGCCUGAAGAGUUGGCUGAGCUCCCGUUGGUGCGGCUGGACUUCUCCUGUAACCGGGUGGCUCACAUUCCUGUCUGCUACCGUCACCUGCGGUACCUGCAGUGCAUCCUCCUGGAAAACAACCCCCUGCAGUUCCCACCUGCGCAGGUCUGCUCGAAAGGUAGAGUCCACAUCUUCAAGUACCUGCACCUCGAGGCCUGCAGCAGGGCCAGGCUGGACCUGGAGGAGUUUGCCCGCGGGAGCCGCCCCACUGGCUUUGGCACGUGCCUCCUGGAGGAAUUCUACCCCACGCGACAGUAUGGCGGUCUGGACUCCGGCUUCAACAGCGUUGACAGUGGAAGCAAGCGGUGGUCCGGAAAUGAGUCAGCAGACGAAUUCUCUGACCUUUCCUUCCGCAUCGCGGAGCUCGCCCGGGACCCCAGGCAGCUGAAAGAGAAGCGGAACGGGGCAGCCGACGCCAGCGAUUUGGAGCAGAUUGACUACAUUGACAGCAGCAUCAAUGGCGACGAGGAGGAAGAGGAGCUGCAGAAGCCCCCCAAGAAGAGCAGUUUCCAGAGGGCAGGCGCCGCGGAUCAGAGCCCGAGUGGCAGGGCCUCGGGGGUCGGGUGCUCGUGCAGACCGGAGCCCACAGGAGAGGAACGACGACGCCCAGAACUCCUGCAGCUGUGGCAGGAACGGGAGCGGCAGCAGCAGCAGCUGUCACGGGGGGCUCUGUGGGGCCAAGGGCGAGAGAAGCAGGACAGCAGCGGCCUGGCUGAGAACAGCAGCAGCCUCUCUCAGCUGAAGCAUCGCAGCCAGGCAGCUGAGCAGCUGACCGGAUGCCCCAGACAAGCCCUGCACCCUGGAGAUCUGGCUCAGCUGCAGGGCUCUGUGGCCACCUGCCCUUCCUCCCGAGAGCCCGGCUUCGCCAAGCCCCCCAGCUUCCUCUUCCGCUCCUCCUCCCGGAACGGCAUCCAGCGGGGCUCUGGGUUCUGGCCUGAGCCAUACCACGCCGAGCCCACCCACUCGCCGAGGCUGCGAGCUGGACCACAGGCACUGGAUGAGAGAGAGCUGGCAGCUGCCCUUCGCAUGGCCAUCGAGUCCCACCUGAAGACCACUCUGGCUUCUAGGACUUUGGGCGGAGGCGCUACAACGGGGUGUCUCUUGUGCCAGCUGGAUCAACCACACUCUAUGCGUUCUGUGCCUCUUCGGCCCAUCCCCUCCCCGGCUGUGCCAAAGCUGAACGCCAUCAAAAGUCGGAAGAACGUGGAGAGUUUCCUGCAGGCCUGUCGCCAACUGGGGAUUCCAGAGGUCUCUCUCUGCUCCGCCUCCGACGUCAUCCGCGGCAACACCCACGGCUUGCUCCGCCUCCUCCUCGCACUGCCGGGUUUUGCUCCGGUGGGGGCAGCGGCCCCUUUGCCUGCCGCCCCCCUGUCGGAGCACUUGGCAGGCUUUGGCGCCUUCUACGUCUCUCUCAUGCUGCUGCUGUACCUCGCCUAUCGCAAGCUCUGUGGCUUCUAGUGGGGCAAGGGGGGCCGGGUCUGUGGCCGUGGGCUCUCCGGGCCGCAUGAGGCCCACCAGGCUCGGUGGGCUUCCAGAGAGAGACGCGAGUCCUUCCGUGGUUCGUCUGCAGGUGGAGCCCUCCUGCCCCUCCUGCUCCGGCCACCUCUGUGGCUGCUGCAACUUGCUGGUGGGGCUUUUGCACACCCUUUACUGGGGCAGAAAUCCCCCUCUAAACGCAGAACGGGGUGGGUGUGGGGCGGGGGGGAGGGGCAGGUUUAAUUCCUCUUCCCUCGUGUCUCUGGGGGGGCCGGGGGGCAAAGCCUCCCAUCCUUUGCCAGCCAGGAGGGGCUCUGAGUGACUGUGUGUCCGAAGCACUUAUUGGCCGUGCCCCCCCCGUCCCCCCCGCUCAGUCAUAUCUGUGCCUUGUAUGUUUCGUCCUGGUGUUGGGUCAAGUCCGGCUCCGCGAGUCCUUUUGUCCCGAGAGCUGCCGCAGGCUCCUCGUUCCUUCAGUUGCAUUGCACUAAUUCAUGAGUGCCUGUGGGGGUGGGGGUGGGGGUGGGGGGGUGUCUUGUAGGGAGGGAGCCCCAUUUCCUGAAUGCGACCCCUGUGUCUCAGGCAAGCGCUCUCCUGGCUGACAGCCGUGAACUGGGUCCCAUCCCCCCACCUGUUCCCACAGCGGACGAGCUUUCUGCCUUCCAAAGGCGAGCGUUCUUGGGCCACGCCUCAACUCCCUCCUCUCUCCAAUUUCAACCUCUGGAGGCCGUGGGUUCUAGCUCAGGUUGCGCCAGGCCCCAGUGGCCUCGCAGUCCCAAACCAAAUAAAACCCUCUCUGGCAGGAAGCGGCCCCCCACUCAUGCUCGGGAAGGUGUCUCUGUCUCUCGUCCAUGUUUCAGGUCAUCUUUGGCCGUUCAGGGAUCUCUGCUGGGUUCAGCACUGACUGGCCGGCUCUUUGAGACUUCCUGGGGGGCCCUGUGGAAAAAUCUGCCCCCUCCCUUUCCUGCCCUGUUUUGUACGCUCUCUCUCUCCGUCCUUCCUUCCUCCCAGCCGACCGGCGUGACCCAGCAGUGCUGGGUUGCGUGGUCGUCGUUUGAGGCUCAGUCCUCACCUCCAUUGAAACGGGCCGUGCAGAGGUGUGGGACUCGUCUGAAACUACUGGCAGGGGAUCAACUCCCACCUUUAAAUCUUUUGCUGUGGUUCGUGGCUACGACGGCCCCUCGGUGUAGGCAGCCUCCGGGGCCCUUGGUCACCCGCCAUGCCUUACAAUGCAGCCCUCGAGCAGAAAUGCCUUAACUGCAAUGGGGGAGGGGCGCCUUUUCCUCCGCCGCGGCCUCGGAAAAAGGCUUCCGCCCGGACCCCCAUUCCAACCUCCACUUCUGUCUCCCUCCCCCCUUGCUGCCUUAAACACAUUAAAUUAUACUUAUAUAUAUUAUAUAUAAAUAUAUAUAAAUAUAUAUAUAUUUGAAGAACAGGAGAUUAUGGGAUAUUGUAAAGAUUUUUGUUUUUAAGCAUGUACAAAAUUGUAAAUACGUUGGUUUCUAUUUAUCCUGCGUUCCUCCUCUCAGGAUGGAAUUCUUCUAAAGGGCUCUCGUUUUAUCUUUCAGUUUUUGGCUAUAAAUUCACUGUGUGUGUGUGCGUGUGUGUGUGUGUUGGCUUCUGUUGUUGUCUCCUAAACAAAUAUUGAUCCAUUUGUUUGCUUUACUUUUGUACAUUGUGAAAUGUGAAUACAAACCUUUUUUUCGCAAA